CGGAUGUGUCACAUGACACGUGGCCACUUCCUGUUCAGCUGAAGGGUGGUGCAGGAAACUACAUUUCUACUGCUGGACUGAUCGCUCUCAUUCAACAUGCCGGCGUAUCACUCAAACCUGAUGAUCCCUGAGACCAGGCUGGUGGGGAACAUGGCCCUGCUGCCCCUCAAAACACAGUUCAAGGGCCCUGCCAGGGGAGACGGCAUUGAUUCCGAUAUAAUUGACGAGGCUAUUUACUACUUCAAGGCCAAUGUCUUCUUUAAGAACUAUGAAAUCAAGAAUGAGGCAGACAGGACACUGAUCUACGUCACACUCUACAUUUCUGAAUGUCUGAAGAGGUUGCAGAAGUGCAGCUCCAGGAGCCAGGGAGAGAAGGAGAUGUACACUCUGGGCAUCACAAAUUUUCCUAUCCCUGGAGAACCUGGCUUCCCUCUUAAUGCUAUGUAUCUUAAGCCUACAAACAAGCAGGAGGAAGAGACCAUGAGGGCGUACCUGCAGCAGAUCCGCCAGGAGACAGGCUUGAGGCUCUGUGAACGUGUGUUUGACCCCCAAACAGAUAAACCCAGCAAGUGGUGGGUGUGCUUUGUCAAGAAGCAGUUCAUGAACAAAAGUUUGUCUGCUCCUGGACAGUGAACCAAAGGGACCCCCGGUGUCAGUUCUGUACUUGCAAGGAGGGUGGAUGGAGUUGGGGAUGGGAAAGACGGGUCUGCUUUUCUGUUAAGAUUUUAUACUCUUCAAGAAUAUUUCUUCAUUUGUCUGGAUGUUGAUUAAUUGAGCUGGUGCUUAAUUCAAUAAAAAAUUGUUAAGAUUGGAAAGUAAUGCAAUGUUAUUAUCGAACAUAUUUGAAUAAAGUUACAUCAUACAUUUAAAA